GCGCCCGGAGCCCAGCGGGCGGAGCCGCGUCCCUCCCGCCCGCUCGCUCGCUCGCUCGCUCGCCCGGAGCUGCGGCUGCGGAGCCGGGCCCGCCGCCCCGCCCGAGCCCUUCCCCGGGCGGCGGGGCCGGGCCGCCCCGUCCCGCCCUGUCCCGCCCCCCCGGCAUGCGGGGGCCGCCGCCGCCGGUGCCUCCAAACUUUCGACGGGCCGCGCUGUGCGGUGCCGCUGCCCCAUCGCUGGGAAGGAGAGAGUCGCCCCGGGACAGCUCUGUUGCUUAGACCAGGCGGCUGCAAGGAUGGGGCCCCUGGAAGCAGUAGGCGAAGAAAACCAGACAGAUGAAAUGAAAAUGGAGCUGUUCACCAAGCUGUACUUGCCAAGAUACACCACACCGCUCAACGAAUUGGCUCUGGACCCUAAACCGGAACUGAAGGACAGCACAACGCUCGUUGAAGUGCAGAUAAUCCUCAUCUUUGCUUACUGCUCCAUCAUCCUGCUAGGGGUGAUCGGGAACUCCCUUGUGAUCCACGUGAUCAUCAAGUUCAAAAGCAUGCGCACAGUAACUAACUUCUUCAUUGCCAACCUGGCUGUGGCUGACCUGCUGGUGAAUACAUUGUGCCUGCCCUUCACUCUCGUUUACACGCUGCUGGGUGAAUGGAAACUGGGCCCGGUCUUGUGCCACCUUGUGCCCUAUGCCCAGGCUCUUGCUGUGCAUGUGUCUACCGUUACUUUGACUGUGAUUGCUUUGGAUCGGCAUCGCUGCAUUGUCUACCACUUGGAAAGCAAAAUCUCUAAGCGGAUCAGCUUCCUGAUUAUAGGAGUUGCCUGGGCAGUCAGUGCUCUGUUGGCAAGUCCUUUGGCCAUCUUCCGUGAGUACUCGCUGAUUGAGAUCAUUCCUGACUUCAAGAUUGUAGUCUGCUCUGAGAAGUGGCCAGGGGAGGGGCAGCUCAACUAUGGCACCAUCUACAGUGUCUCCAUGCUCCUGAUCCAGUAUGUGCUGCCUCUGGUGGUCAUCUCCUAUGCCUAUGCCCGUAUUUGGACCAAGCUCAAGAACCACGUUAGUCCUGGGGCAGGCAAUGACCACUACCACCACCGGCGGCGGAAAACCACCAAGAUGCUUGUGUGUGUGGUUGUGGUGUUUGCUGUCAGCUGGCUGCCAUUUCACACCUUCCAGCUAGUCAGUGACAUUGACAGUCAGGUGUUAGACCUGAAAGAGUACAAACUGAUCUACACAGUGUUUCACGUCAUUGCCAUGUGCUCAACAUUUGCCAACCCCCUUCUCUAUGGCUGGAUGAAUAACAACUACAGGACAGCCUUCCUCACGGCCUUCCAGUGCGAACAGCGGCUGGACUCCAUCCACCCUGAAGUAUCAACAGCUUUCAAAGCCAGGAAGAAACUAGAAGCAAAGAGGAUUCAAUUCCCUGGAGACUCUUUCACACAACCUACCAAUGUCUAAGAUGUCUGACUUUAAAGAAGAAAUGACUAUGUUGUGGACAAAGGGAUAAAUCCAUUUUGACACAUGCAUUUUAAAUGCAUAGUUUUAUUCAUAAAUGGCGAAAGAAAAGUAGCAGGAAAGUCAAGGCAGAUGGUAUGAUUUGAGGGGAGCUGAUUGGCAUCAAGAGUAUGUAAUUAUACAACUCCAAGGAUUUAAAAGGCAGAAACUUUGUUUAUGGCUGUCUCUAACAGGGUAAGAGACGUUCCCAUCCCUCCCAUCUCUUUUUGACAGGUCUAAAUGACAAAGGCAGAGUUUGCUGGUUUUGCUAUAGGAAGGCAAAUGGCUGAUUUGUUGCAAAGGAAUAUCGAUGGUGGGAGCAGGUAAUUUUUAUAUAGCAUAUGGAGAUCAGGGAGAGCAGAAGUCUGCCAGGAGAAUGAAGACUGAGGGGAAUGGGCUGUGCUGGUUAAAGCUCAAACUUUUCAGACCCCCUUCUCUCCCACAGGCACCUUUUGUGAAGAUAAGGGAAUUAAGAAGAGAAAUAUAUUACUGUUUUUUGAUUUGUACUGAAGUACUUCAAACCAGAGCAUUCAAAAUGGAUUAGGGAGGAAAAAAAAAAAAAAAGAAAAAAGGAAAAAAACCCCAAACAACAGAUUCAAUGUGAAGAAAAGUCACAUUUGUACCUAACUGAAAUGUGGGUUUUGGCCAAUCGAAUGGGGUAAAAAGUCAUUCCUUAAGAAUCAGCUGUGGGUUUGCUGGUGAGAAAAUCACAAGCCUGUGGCUUGAUCAGUCAUUCCUUGCAGAUCCCUACCUUUCAUUUUGCGCUGGGAACAGCUCACAAAUGCAGUGUUUUAAAGUGGCAUUUGAGGGCAGAGAAUGCAGGCUCAGGUCUUCGUGAGCACUUCAUAAACUGCCAAUAUUUUAAUUUUUGGGACCUGCUUAAAUGUCUAACAUGUUAUUAACUCCACAGGCUUUGAAUUGUUGCUGCUUUCUCCCUGGAUAAUAAAACAGCAGAUAAUUUUGAUCCUCUGGAAAGGCUGCUAGAUGGUAAUGUGCUUCUCCUUAUUGUGGUUUUAUGUCACACACUCAUCUCGUCUUGGAGCUUUUUCCAUCUUUAGCCUUUGUAAAAAUUAAGAACAUCUGAAUGACUGUAACCUAAUAACAGUAUGCUAGGUUUAUGUGAUAACUUAUCAGUUAUUCUGCAUGCUGUAGUUAAUAGUUAAAUUUCUUUUUUGCUCAGGUAUAAAAUCUUAAUCUGUUUACUGUGUUGUAAACAGCAGUGUUCAACUCUUCUGUGUCUUUGUUUAGCCUCUUUGAACUCAU